AUGCAAUCAUUAGUGUUAAUUUUAUUGGUUACUAUGGCUCUUUCAGGGUACACAGCGGCUGAUUCAGAAGAACGUUUGUUCGGCAGGCUGUUUGCUAGUUACAAUAAACUUAUUAGACCAGUUGUCAACAAUACAGAAAUCCUCACGGUGGCGUUCGGUUUGUCCAUCUCGCAGCUUAUCAACGUGGACGAAAGAAAUCAAAUUAUGACAACGAACGUCUGGCUAAAACAGGAAUGGGUUGAUUACCGACUACGCUGGAACCCCGCAGAAUUCGAUGGGAUCGAUAUUCUUCGUGUUCCUUCACAAAUGCUCUGGUUACCGGAUAUAGUCCUUUACAAUAACGCUGAUGGUAACUACGAAGUGACCCUGAUGACAAAAGCGUUGGUGUACCCUGAUGGCACAGUGUAUUGGGUACCACCAGCUAUUUACAAAAGUUCGUGUCUAAUAAACGUUCGUCACUUUCCAUUUGAUGAACAGCAGUGCGUUAUGAAAUUCGGAUCUUGGACUUACGACGGGUUCCUCAUCGAUCUCGUAGCGAUGGACGAGGACGUGGACUUGGAGGAUUACUGGGAGAGCGGAGAGUGGGAUAUUAUAGCCUCGCCAGGCACCAAACAUACCAUCAAAUACCCGUGCUGUUACGAGAUAUUCACCGAUAUUACGUUCAAUUUUGUGAUUAGAAGGAAACCAUUGUUUUACACUGUUAAUUUGAUAAUUCCGUGCGUUUUAAUAUCGUUUUUAACAGUUUUGGUGUUUUAUUUGCCGUCAGCCUGCGGUGAGAAGAUUACCCUAUGUAUCUCCGUCUUGCUGGCGCUCACCGUGUUUCUCCUGCUGAUUGCGGAAAUCAUUCCACCGACGUCACUGCUCAUCCCUCUGAUUGGACGGUAUCUUCUUUUCACCAUGGUCUUAGUGACGACCUCCAUCGUGAUCACGGUUGUUGUUCUGAACAUUCAUUACCGCACCCCCAGUACGCACACCAUGCCAGAUUGGGUCAAACGAAUGUUUUUAGAAAUACUCCCCACUCUGCUCUACAUGAAGCGGCCGGAACCGCUGGUGGACGAGGAACUAUCUCACAUAAAAGACAGCGAGGAAAUGUGUGAAAUGACGAGCAAUUAUAGUGUCAAUAAUACACAUCGAAGUAGCGAGUAUUUCGACAAUCACAACUCUGGUGGGUAUUCCAUGAACGCUAUGUCAGACGACGUGCUUCACCACCGUAGUCGCGAUAAUCCGUCCGGUUCGUCACAUCGUCUCCAGAAGGAUCGUGUCCAACUAGAAUUGAUCAAAGCCGCUGAGGGCGCCAAAUUUAUCGCCGACCAUUUGAGAAAUGAUGACAAUUUUGAAACCGUGAGUGAAGAUUGGAAGUACGUUGCCAUGGUAAUAGACAGAAUCUUUUUAUGGAUUUUUCUGAUCUCUGUGCUGUGUGGCACCAGUGGAAUUAUCUUAUCUGCGCCGUUGAUUUUCACUACCUUUACUCCACAACAGUGA